AUGACUGCAGAUUCAAUUCGUUUGUGGAAGACAUUAUGGAGGUGUUCUGUUCCUCUAAAAAUUCUGAAUUUUGGUUGGUGGCUGAUUCGAGAGGUUGUACCCUGUUUACAGUUGCUACGGAAACGGAGGGUCAAUGUCGAAAUUAUGUGCCCAAAGUGCCAUGCUAGUGAGGAAUCCUUGUUGCAUUUAUUUGUGCAGUGUUCAUUUGCAAGAUCAGUUUGGAUGCUAACAAGUGUUGGUUGGCAAUUUCCUAGAGUUAGUUCUUGGAGAGCUUGGUUGGAAACUGUUUUUCAAUGUUCAUCAUUGAAGGCGGCGGAUGAAAUACUUAUGAUCCUAUGGGCUUUGUGGUCGGCGAGGAACAAGAGGGUGUGGAACUUCCAAUUUGUUAAUCCGUCUAGUGUUGUGCAGAUGGCGGGACGUGUUUUGAACGAGUGGAGCAACCAUCGGGCGAAACCACCGCGACUUGGUGUUGGCAACCCGGCUAAUAGAGCUUGGUCACGUCCACCUACAGGAUUUUUAAAAAUAAAUUUGGAUGCUUCUGUUUUUUCAGGUGGUACUGUAGCGGGUGUGGGGUUGGUGUGCCAGAACAGUUUUGGUGAGUUUAUAGCUGCAAAGACAAUGCUUCUGCAUGGGCAAUUUAAUGCAUUGCAUGCAGAAGCACUCUCAGUUCGAGAGGCUUUAAGUUGGAUAAAGGCUAAGGCAUGGAGCUCUAUCAUUGUGGAAUCAGAUGCUUUAAUGGUUGUGAAUGCCAUUAAUUCGUCUACUGUGACCGAUGAUUCGUCAUUUGGUUUAGUUAUUUCGGAUUGCAAACUUUUAAUUAAUGAAAUUGACAAUGUUGAAUGUCGUUUUGUGUAUAGGUCUGCGAAUGUAGUUGCUCAUUUGCUGGCAACUGGGUUACAUUCCUUGUCAGGCCUUGGAGUCUAG